AUGCACUUCCCUUUUCGGACGACGGAUAGCUGUUUGCUGGACGGUGAUGCAACUCCAACUUGUGCAGCCAAGUCUACCUCGGGCCCGAACCAGAGCGUUCUCCUAUUGGUCCGCUCGUCGGUGCGUGACGAACAGUCCGAAGCAAGACCCGCGCUUGUUUCAAUUCAGCGUGGUAUCUGGCAUGGAAUCUGGGAUGCGACUGCGCAGAAACAAAAUUUCAGCCGUUUGCUUUUCGAUUUCUGGUGGGUAUCGGUGAAAUCGCUCCUCUUGUACUUGUGGGGGGGAUUAGCUAUCAGUGACAUGUGGGACACCGAAGAGGGCGAAAUAUCGAUAGGCGUCUAUAUGCUGGGUACGAUCCUGGGACUCAUUGUUGGACCUAUUGCGGGUGGAUUUAUUUCCCAACACUCGACCUGGCGCUGA